AUGCGCCGCUCUGAUCCGGUGAAGGGUGGCGCGGGCUCCGCGGCGGAGGGCGACACCGAGCUUCCUCACCAUGGAUGGGACCUACUGCUGCUCGCCAUGGAUGGAAGUAUGAGGAGGGGAGUAGAUGAUUGGGACCCAUGCGUCAAUGAAUUGGAGAGAGACGGUCGGCCCAAUCUCACAACACUGCGGCCCAGACCAACAGACGGUAUCUUCGCCAACCCACCCGUAGGUCCGGAAGCUUCUUCUUCCCCUCCUCCCUUCGCUCGUCACAUCUCCCCAUUCUCGCCGCCCCGCUCCGUGCUCGCCGUUCUCCCCUCGCUCCGGGCGGAUGAGGAGGUAUCUGAUCCAAAGGCGCUCCUAGAGGAACGCUCAAAGGCUAAGUGUGUGUCACAGUGGUACGAAUAUCAGAAAUGUGUCAAGAGAAUUGAAAAUGACGAGACUGGGCAUAAGCACUGUACUGGCCAGUACUUUGAUUACUGGAAAUGUGUUGACAAGAAUGUUGCUGAGAAACUCUUUGAUCUGCUAAAAUGACAAGGAAAAUGUCCUCUUUCAGUUUUCUACUCAAAAUUGGUAAUAAUUGUAUCGCCUGUGCACCAUAUAGACUAUUCAGGUGCUUAAUAUUUGUCGGAGAAGUUUUGCCUCUUGGGUAACACAACAAAUUUUCCACUGCCAGUUUACGUUUCAUUUCUGUCAGUAGUAUUGAACUUUACAGCAGGUUUCCACCUGCAUAAAGCAUUGUUGGAUAAAGAGAUUCAAUGGGUUAUUCCAAGAAUGUGGCUGAGCAUUAAAUGCUCUUAUUUACCUUUA